AUGGAGACUCCAGCGGAGAUCCUCCAGAUUCGAAAGCAGUGGGGAGAUCUGAAGCCUAAUCUCCGCAAGCAUCCAAAAGACAAAGCGAACGUCGCUAGCGCUAACUGGCCUGCUGAAGACUCCAUCGCAAACAGUGCUAAGCGAGAGGACGGCAUGUACAACUGCUUGCACGUAAAUGGCAGUUUCGCGUGUUGCAAGAAAGGGGGUCUCGAUGCAAAGGGCAAGAAGCGCUCCAUCGACAAGCAAAUUCGUGGUUUCAAGACUAAAGUCGAGGAGAUGAUUGUAAAGAAGGAUUUACAUAUUGCUCACAAGGCUUGGACUAACUGGCUUAACAAAAAGGAGCUUGAAGCUUCCUACUCCGCGGAGAUGGCGAGGAUCGAUGCCCUGUUAGCACUUGUGCAUGGUCGCGCACAGCCAAUGCGAACGCCAGCCCCGGUUGCUCCUCAAGCGACUGCUCGGCGACAUAUACCCCCACCAGCAGUUACUGUUUUCGUACCACCGGCGCCACAGAUCGAAAAUCUACGCCCUCUACAACAGGCUGGUUAUACUAGCCCAGCAUCUCAACAGCUUUAUGAGACUAACCAGCACCUGUUUCUGACGCAACAGCCAGGUGCUGUAGCCAGGCCACCAGGUCAACCAGCUGCUCAGAAUCAGCAUAAAAAGCAACAAGGCUCUGCGGAUACGUCUCUUCGAACUCACGCACUCAUGUCUGCCAUACCGAACCCACCAGUAGAAUUGAACCAGCAAAUUGCCAGUUCUAGCCCGGGUUCUGCCAGGAAACAGCAUAUCGACGAACCACUUCGACUGAAGGCUGCAAAUGCAAUUCGCGGGCAGAAUGAGCGAACCAGCUGGCAACAACCGGUCAUGGUUGGGGACAUUGACUUAUCAAAAGAGAGCUGCCGUGACAAGUACGAGGAAGUCUUUCAGAAGAAUGCUGCGGCGGUGUCGUCGGUGGCGUCUAUCGUCCCCUUGAACGAUUCACAACAACAAGCACUACGAAAGCUCCAGACACCGCCGCCAGGAAUCACUAGUCACUCCCGAGCUCAGCGUCCGCGGUUGAAUCUGGCGACAAACCGAGAAGUUGAAUCAGGCCUGCUAUCCGCAACCAUGACCCCAAGCCCUGGUACAAAGAUAGCAGGAAGCUUUACAUCUCCUUCUACACCAGACACGUCUCUUCUCACGCCGUCAUCUUCCAAAUUCACACCGGCAAAAUCUGCUGUAGAUUACCGACAGGUAGCGAUGAAGAUGUUCCAACAGCUGAUCAAGGACCAGGAGCCCAUCGUGCUUCCCGGAUUAAAGAUCACAAGGGAAAACUUCACCACCGACAUGAACGGUUAUAUUCGUAGACUUGCGGCGGCGCUUGAGUCGCAAGCAGAAGAAGCUACUCAGCAAAAGGCUGAGGAGGCUGCUCGAUCAGGUUCGGAAGAUGCUGCUCAACCAGAAGAUAGGGAUGACGAUUUUGCGAUACCCGAUGGUAUUGCUAAUGAUCAUGAUGUCUUGGACUAUCUGUUCAACGACAAGGCUGAAGACGCGGCGGACGAAGAUAGGGAGUAUUUGCGUUGGCAUUUGCCUUCCAGCACCGCCGACCACGACGAAGCGCUCCGCAUGGAUCGCGGCGCUUGGGACGAGCAUGCACCACCAGGAUUCAACAUGAACACCCAGUUCACAUGUUACGACGCAUUCGAAGACCCACUGCCACCGGAGGGGAUCAUCGAGCAACCCCAGUUAACUGACCUGGGGUAUCUCGACGUGCCUGACAACUGGUUCAUGGACGAUCCUUUUGAAGUCAUCGCUACUGGUCCAAUUGAGCGGUGGUCAACGCAGCCUACAUUCACGUUGGAGAAUUUUUCGUACUUUGAUUUGGAUGAGAUAACGCCGUCAGAUCUACAAGAUAGGUUUCGUGUCAUCAAGGAUGAGCGUGAGCAGAGGGAGGCGCAAGGUGAUGCAUGA